CUUGUCUCUUUCCAUAAUAAUGAAUCCAUAAAUCAUUUAUAAAUAAUAAUAAAUAAGAGUAACAAUCAUAAUAUGGAGUGUAGACGGUUGUGAUAUGAAUCGAUAAGGAGAGGAUGAUGGCGAGCUCAGGGACAGGUGCAGGCGAUGGGGUAGACGGGGAUGGGUCCUCAGGGCUGCGGAACCCAUUGAUCUGUGGGGUUUGUCAGGAUUAUUACACCGAGCCCUGUCUACUCUCUUGCUUUCAUACGUUUUGCGCCAGGUGCCUCAGGAACACGCAGAUUGAUGGGAAGAUUACCUGUCCCAUAUGCGGACAAAUGACACAACUGAAGGAAGGCAGUCAGCUGCCACCAGCUGACCAAUUGAUGCGACAAUUGAUUGAGAUAGCAAACUCGGAGAAUCCUGCGUGCGCAAAUUGUGACAAAAGAGACAAAACGACAAUGUUCUUUUGCACUACUUGCGGUCAGGCGUUGUGCACGCACUGCCGAGAGCACACGCACCGAGCAAAAAUGUUUUCAACCCACGAGGUGAUCCACAUGAGCAAAUGCUCGAAGGACACCCAACGGCGAUGUGCCUCCCACGGGGAACUCUACAUAAUGUACAGCCAGAGUACAAAAUCGAUGUUAUGUGCAACAUGCGUGAGAGAUACACCAGCAGAUGCGAGAAUGCACUGCGUGGACAUCGACACAGCUUGGCAACAGGCCUCGAAGAAGAUGGAGAAAGCAGCCAAUUCGAUAUGCGAGAUACAAGCUGGUGUUCGUGAUGGUGUACUGGCACUGAAAUCUCAACUCGAUGAAUUAAAGCACAGCCUUGAAACCGAGAAACGAUCCUUAAACGCCUACUGCCAGGUAAUGCAGGAGACAAUCGGCAAGAGUCACUCGUCGAUUAUUUCAGAGCUCCAGAGACAAUUCGAGAGUAAAGAUCGAAUGGUGAGGGCGCAACUGAUCAACCUGGGUUCAGCCCUGCCUGUUCUCCAGAUGCACCUGAUGCUGUGCACUGUUUUUACGAGUGGUGCAACGAAAUAUCAAUUUCUCGAGCUAGCGCAUCCGAUGCUGGAGAGGCUGGGAAGAGUUGCUCAGCUGGGGCAUCCGUCCAGGCCCUCCCUGAUAUCGGCUCACCUGAAGAUGAAUUAUAAAGCCGAAUUCGCCAGAUCUCUGCAGUCAUUUCUUGUUCAGUCCCAGGGCCAGGGCCACAAGGACUCCCUGUACGAACACACGCACAGCAAUCAGAAUGACCAGCCCCAUCUGCAGACCUCGAAGACACCCCCCAGGACCCAGAAACCUGGGCCUGAUCGUGGACCAUUCUCAAGUCACUGCCGAAAUUUUGACUCUCAGCUGAAGGAUUUGAGUCAGCAGCUAAUAACUGUCAAGGAGAGGCUCGAGGAACUCCACAGGGAUGUCGCCAUGCUCAGGAGGGCUAAUACUCCUCCUCUGGGCUCUAGGUAUGAGCAUGUGACCCGGGACUGUCGACUCCUGGAGCAACAGCUCGAGCAUCACCAGGUGGAACUCGAGAGACUGAGGAAUAUUUUUGAUGCACUCUGGGAGGAGCAGUUGUGCAAGAUUCAUAUUGAGAAAGAGAUCUUCCAUUCUCAGAUGAAUGAUAUUUUGACACUCAGGGGUGAGGUAAAGCAGCUUCAGAGCUUGACUCAACAGUUGGAGCCUUUUGUCAAAUCAUUCUCAGCCGGAAUUACUGCCGGUGAGGUGAGUUCAGCUGCUGCUGAUGCUGCGGGUCAUCAGCAUCUCCAGGCACUGCUGGAUCAUGUCACCAGGAUGCAGAUGCAGGAGUCAGGACAGGGGCCUGCACCCACUAAGGAUUGCAGGCAUGGCAAGACUGGGGCUGAUAAUAUUCUUUACAUGAAAGAAUCGAAGGAAGUUCCAGCGAGGAGUCACACGCCUUCUGGUGGGGUGGGAGCUCUGCUGGACUCUGGUGGGAAUAUAAUAGUUUAUGGCACUGCCAAAUCCUCGGAGGCGAAACGAGGAGUGCUGAGUCAAUUGAUAGAGAAGGCCAGGAUGAGAGAGGACAGGAAAAAAUCACCGGGUCGUGAGGAAGGACGGGACAGAAGUCAGACGAGGCGAUCCAGGAAGUCACCGGAUCAAGCCAAACCCAAGACACCACCUGGACAGGCGUCUAGCAGCAAAGUGCGAUCUCUUUACAGAACCCUCAAGGACACCUGUGGGGAUAUCAUCGAUCAUGGUGAUAAGAUGGAGUCACAUCAGCAGCACGUUCAUUCUGCGGGUGCUGCAGAUGAGAGUGAAUACCAACGAAUAUCCGAGGCGUCAACUCUCGGAGAAGCCAAGAAAUCACGAGUGCAGGCGCAAAUUCACGCUGUCCCCCAAGAAGAGACGAAAGUUCAGUCUCAGCAAUCGAAAUCUCAGCCCCUACCAACGAGCUCAUCGUCGUCGAUUCAAAAAUCGGCGAAGGUUUAUCCUGCCAGUGAUUCGGAGGACGUCUUCUACGGGGACAAAUCGUCCGAGGCGAGACGAAGAAGACGAGCGAGUUGCGAUAGUUUAUCAACGACUGGUUCCGGUAACAGCAGAAGGUCUAGUAUUGCGGAGGGAACGAUUGGUGGGCCGAUAAGUCAAGACACCAGAAAAACAUUGCUCGUUCUCAUCGGGCCGACACCAAAAUCCAAGUCUGCAUCGAGUCUCGUGCAGAAGCAACGCUCGUGGGAGACAUUUCCAAGACCCAAGAGCAAAAGAUCCCCAGCUGUUGCGGCUGCUGAAGCCAGGGCCACGGGCCUCGGACCCCUCAAGAAAGCAGACAGCUUCGAGGGUCACGAAGAGGCUGUCAGGACCCUCGUCGCUGCUGUCCAGGAGACCAGGGUUCAGAGGCAUCAUGCUCACCAUCACAGGCACCAUCGCAAGUGCAAAACUAACUGAAUUUUUUUUCAUCUCAUCUUUAUCGAUCCCGACACGUAUAGAAAUAUUGAGGGGAAUUUUUCACCUAAAAACUUUUCCAUAAAUUUUUCUCAUACGCGUCCGGGGAUUUUUGUAGUCGUAUUAAUUUUCAUUCAACAAAAAAAAACUGCCAUGUCCACUGAAAAGUAAAAUUUUCGCCACAAUGACCAUGUAAAAAUGCUGCCAACGAGGGUAAUACAUGAUAAAUUCCUCGUGACGAUUGAUGAGGCGCUUAGAGCCUUCCAAUAGUCAAUCAUAAUAGAAGAGCUAGCAUAAAUGACAUGUAGUACUUGAUGAAUUAAAUUCGAGAAGUUAAUCAAACACAAUGGCCGUUUAUUAGGAGAUACUGAGGACGAUUAAUGAGCUAGUAAAUUAACACUGCCAAACGGUAAAUAACGAAUUUAAAUUAAUCGAUUAAUGAUCAAUGAGAAAAAUUAUAGAUCCAGAAUUAUUACUAAUAUCAAAUGAACGUUAUGAUUGGAGGGUCUAUUUAAUCGCUAUCAAGGCAAUGGUUUGCGUAUUUGUUCAUAUUUAUCUAUAUCUAGAUAUUUGAGCCUAAGGCCGUUCGACAUUUUAAUGAAUGAACGGAGAAAAUGAAUUGAAUAUUUCUCGAUGCGACGUAUCGCGUUGAUAAUGCUCAUUGUACGUUAUAUUUACUGUGGUUUAAGCAUUUGAUGGGGAAAUAUAUGAUUGCGUAAUGUGGAAGAAUAUUAAACCGAUGAUAUUGUUGGAUUAUUAUUGUGAUGGAAAUAAAAAUAUUGAAUCG